AGGAUUUCCACUCUGUUCCUGGCAGCUGGAUGAGAAAGAUGCCCCUGUUCCUGCUACUCACCUGCCUGUUCAGCACCGUCACCCCAGGGUGGCCCAGAGCCCUAGAUCCCUGCUCGGCUUACAUCAGCCUGAACGAGCCCUGGAGGAACACCGACCACCAGUUCGACGAGUCUCAAAGCCAGCCUCUCUGCGACAACCAUAUGGAUGGGGAAUGGUAUCGCUUCACGGGUAUGGCAGGAGAUGCCAUGCCCACCUUCUGCAUACCAGAAAACCACUGUGGGACCCAUGCACCUGUCUGGCUCAACGGCAGCCACCCCGUAGAAAGUGACGGCAUCGUGCAACGCCAGGCCUGUGCCAGCUUCAAAGGGAACUGCUGCCUUUGGAACACCACAGUGGAGGUCAAGGCCUGCCCUGGAGGCUACUAUGUUUAUCGGCUGGCCAAGCCCAGUGUCUGCUUCCACGUCUACUGUGGCCAUUUCUAUGACAUCUGUGAUGAGGUCUGCCAUGGUAGCUGUGAGGACGCCACCGAGUGCGCAUGCUCCCCGGGAACCUCGCUGGGCCCAGAUGGACAGACAUGCCUUGAUGAGAACGAAUGUGAACAGAAUAAUGGCGGCUGCAGUGAGAUCUGUGUAAACCUCAAAAACUCACACCGCUGCGCGUGCGGGGUCGGCCGCGUGCUGAGGAGCGAUGGGAAAACGUGUGAAGACAUUGAAGGAUGCCACAAUAACAAUGGCGGCUGCAGUCAUUCUUGCCUGGGCUCCGCGAAGGGCUAUCAGUGCGCAUGUCCCAGGGGCUUGGUGCUGUCUGAAGAUAACCACACUUGCCAAGUCCCCGUGUUGUGCAAGUCCAGCGCCAUUGAAGUGAGUGUCCCUAGGGAGCUGGUUGGUGGCCUGGAGCUCUUCCUGACCAACAACUCCUGCCGAGGAGUGUCCAAUGGCACCCACGUCAACAUCGUCUUCUCCCUCAAGACCUGCGGCACCGUGGUUGACGUGGUGAAUGACAAGAUCGUGGCCAGCAACCUCGUGACGGGUCUGCCCAAGCAGACCCCUGGGAGCAGCGGGGACAUCAUCAUUCGGACCAGCGAACUGCUGAUCCCUGUGAUCUGCGAGUUCCCACGACUGUACACCAUCUCUGAAGGCUACGUGCCCAAUCUGCGCAAUGCCCCUCUGGAAAUCAGGAGUCGAAACCACGGCAUCUUCCCCUUCACGCUGGAGAUCUUCAAGGACCACGAGUUCGAGGAGCCUUACCGGGAGACUCUGCCCUCGCUCAAGCUUCGCGACUCGCUCUACUUCGGCAUUGAGCCCCUCGUGCACGUGAGCGGCCUGGAGAGCCUGGUGGAGAGCUGCUUCGCCACGCCCACUGCCAAGAUGGACGAGAUACUCAAGUACUACCUGAUCCAGGACGGCUGUGUUUCCGAUGACUCGGUGAAGCAGUACUCAUCCAGGGACCACCUAGCAAAGCACUUUCAGGUCCCCGUCUUCAAGUUUGUGGGCAAAGAUCACAAGGAGGUAUUUCUUCACUGCCGCGUUCUUGUUUGUGGGGUUCUGGAUGAACGCUCCCGCUGUGCCCAGGGGUGCCACCGCCGAGUGCGUCGUGAGGUGGGGGAAGACGAGGACUCUGCUGGGCUUCAGAGCCAGACUCUGACUGGAGGUCCCAUCACCAUCGACUGGGAGGACUAGCCCCACUUCCAGCCCCUCCUCUCUGGACCAUCUUCCAAUGUCCUCUAGAACAUCAGAGACCCUCCCAGACCACCUGGCUUCCUUAAAUCAUAUACUGUGAGUUUAGACAACCCUUCCCCCCACACGAAAGGAUUGACGAGCUGGUUUUGUCCCUGGGUUGGUACAAAUCACAGACAGCACUGCUGACCUGGGUGGCCAAAUCAGUUUCUGGAUUUGAAGAACUAUGUUGUCCUCAUGGAAGGACACCUCUCUCGUUUCCUCCAUUUCUUUCUUACAAUGAAAUACCUCGUUUAUGGUAUAAUAGGGCCACUAAAAUGAGGUGCUGGGAAAAACAUUCCAAUUUACAAACCUAAAGAAAUUAAUUACUAAAACUAUAACCCAUGAGUCCCUAAACAUAUAAUAAUUAUGUCUUAAAAUUCUAACCCCAAUACGGAAUAUUAUAGGAGAUUUGAAAGCUAUCAAUAAAAUAAUAUAUAAGAGAAAAUAUAAUAGGUUGGAUGUUGCAUAGGAAUUUUUCAGUGUUUUCAUAUUGCCUUGGGUGAAAUGUUUUCACCUAAAGAUAAAUUCAGAAGGUGCUUGUGAACAUUGGCUACUCUUGCAGAGGAUCUGAGUUGAGUCCCAGCACCCACAUGGUGGCUUACAACUGUCUGUAACCCCAGUUGCAGGGGAUUUGAUGGCCUCUUCUGACCUCCUCAGGCACCAGACAUGCAUGUGGUGCAUAGACACACAUGCAAGCAAAACAUUCAUACAUAUGAAAUAAAAUAAUUUU